UGCAGUCCUGAUGACUUAAGCAUCCUGCCACUCAAGCUCAGUCCAUCAGGAGGAGUAUCCGUGUGGGGGGGGGACACGCACCCUCUGCUGCAUAGUCAAAUUUGAGCGAUGACCUUUGUAUCCUUCAGCUGUCUAAUACUAUACAGUCCAUUCAAGCUUUAAAAGAAGUAGAUGGUGACAUUAAGACGGUCUCAAGCAUCAGUCUCUGCCUGCUGUGGCAUUUGACCCAUUGGACUCGUUUCAUAGCAGGAGUCUGAAAAACAUUUUUAAAAAGAAAAGUCCCUGUGAUUUAUUUUCCCCAUUGGUCAUUUUCUGCCCCUGAACACUGGGUUAGACACGUCCGAUGCGCUUCGACUGUUUUGUGCACCACACACACACGACAGACAACAGCUCAUAUUAAAGUUGAUGUUUGCCUGUCGAGGUGUUUUUCGUGGGAUGCCGUAUAGGGCAGAAUUUGUCUUAUGAGACAGGCAUGUGUUCAUUUGUAUGACGUUCAUAUAGGUCCUGACUAGAUUCAUUCUCAGGUAUCUAGGUGGGAGAUAUUGUGUGUGUGUGUGUGUGUGUGUGUGUGUGUGCGCACGCUUGUUUGGGGCGUCUGAAGGAGACGGGUGAAGUGUUACCGUCAACAAGGGUGUGAUUAAUCUCAGUCGCGCCUAACCAGUCCACGCUUCAGGGAUCCCUGGGAAGGGACUACAAAUUGGGCCAAUCAGGUUUCAUUAGCUUUGGAAACAACAGCCCUGUGGAGCAUCAUCAUCAUUGCUCAGGACAGCCGGUGAUUCCACCCCAUCCCUGUCUCCUGUCUCUCUAUCUUUCCAUCUCUGUGUGUGUGUGUCUCUCUCUCAGAAACACACACAAGCAUUGGUCUUACUCAAAUUAGAUCAUAUUCUCAAGUUUCCGCACUUAAACCCAGAGAGAUAGGUUGGUCUGUUUGAGCGUUGCGCGUUGGUAGUUUUUUUUUGGUGCUCUAGUUCAAAUCCACCGUGAAGUCCUUUUCGUUUACUUGGGUUAGUUUACUUGGGUUAGUUGUUGUUCACGGAACGACACCGCAUUCAACCAAGUUUAACCUGAGCUGCACAGCCAUAAUCCUCACAGCCAUAGAGACUGUAUGGAGCACUAACUAGACACAAGAGAGAGGGUGAACUUAGGUUUACUCCUUUCUUCUACUCUUAACCAGCCUUCUUUUUUAAACUGUGAUGUAUUUAUCAGUGUUUGCAUUUAUUUAGCUAUAUAUAUUCUUUAGCUCUUUCAUCUGUACACUGGAGAAUUACAUUUGGUUUCGGGAAAAUGGCUUGAGCUACUGUGAGCGCAAGUGAGCGAUAAAGUCCUUUUUAUAAAAACAAGAAAAAAAAAAAGAAAAAAGAAAAGGAGCAGGUCUGGAGAACGGCAAGGUAGAAGAGGGAGGGGGCGUAGGCGUGGGUGUGGGUGAGGGUGAGCACGAGAUCGUGUGGAAGAAGCGCGAGGAGGUGCUGGAGAGGGAGAAGGAGCGCCAACGCCAGCUGGCCAGGGAGGAGGAGGCGCGCCGGCGUCUGGAGAAGUGCAUCGUGUGGCAGCUCCGCGACGGCUUCCAGGAGCGCAAGGGAGGGGAGGGGAGCGCCGAGAGGGGAGGAGGAGGGAGGGGGCGAGACGCAGCCGGAGGUGAUCUGGAAACGCCGGCAGGACGAGGAGGAGGAGCGAGGAAGAGACAGGCAGCGUGCACUGGGCAGUGGACAGCAGUCUGUCUGGAGGAAGAGGGAGAGGGACUGACCGAGGAGGCGUGUGUGGGCUAGGAGGUAGGGAGAGGAGACUGACAGAGGAGGCGUGUGUGGGCUAGGAGGUAGGGAGAGGAGACUGACCGAGGAGGCGUGUGUGGGCUAGGAGGUAGGGAGAGGAGAGACAGACAGGAAGUUGCGAGAUCUAGAGCGUUGUUUGAGCGGUCAAAACUCUCGGCUCACUAUUGAGUGUGUGGGCUGUUUCGCAUGUGUUCGUGUGUGCCAUGUCUUGCAGCAGCGUGUGUCGGUGGAUUGAUGCUGCGUCAUAGAGAACUUGAGAGGGAUGAAAGUGGACUUUGAGAGCGCCGGUCCUAUCGUGUGAGUGAGUCAGACCGAGCUGCUGGGCACUGGACUGUCGCGGUUGGUGUGGAGCCACAGUGACCCGCUGCAGCUUUUAAAUCCCGAGAACAGUUCAGCUGCGCGGUACUACUGUGAGUCUGUUCUGAGGUCCUCUUCCAGAAUGAGCUCUUGUGUGCUGCUGUAAGCUCUCAGAUACAUUUAGUUGAGUCUUAGCUCUUAUCCUUAUCCUUAUCCUUAUCUCUCUUCUCUCUCUCUCUCUCUCUCUUCAUUCUCUCUCUUCAUUCUCUCUUGCUGUAUUGAUCGUCUGUUCAGUGCAUGGCUCCUCUCCCUGGCUCUCUGUGACUAAUAGGCUUUUUUAUGGGAUGCUGUCCGACAGGAACCACUAGAGUAUACCCAUAUACACACACACACACACACAUACAUACAUGCGCACACACACACACACACACACAGUGAAUAGUGAAUGCAUACAUGUUGAGGUUUUUUUUCCCUGACAGACAAUCAUCAGUGGAAGUGGUGCUGUAGUUGUAUUACUAUGCAGGCUCUGCCUUCUUCUCUUCCCAUAACUACUUCAGUAGUCUGAGUUUGCACUUCUUUGUUAUUCUCUCUCUUUUUGUACCUCUCUGUGGCUCUGUCCUUCACUGUCUCUUCGUGGCCUGCGUGUUCUUUUGUUUGAUAAUCUUUUGUUUUCUUUUUCUCUCUACACUGACUUGGGCACAAACUGUUUAAAAAACCCGUUGUUGAUGAUGCUGAAGACAUCAAUGUUCCGAGAGGCUUGCAGGACACUUAGUGAGAAGAAAGGCUGUUUGUGCCGUUCAGACCAAGAGACUUUCAGGAGACUGAUCGAAUAGCAUUUAAACAAAACUCCAUCUCAGCUCUCAGACAGCAGUCAGGUUCACUGUCCAUGGAGCUGGUCCCCAAUACCAAGUACAGCCCCUUCCGGAGCGAGUCCCUGAGCUCGACGGACGAGAGCAACCCCCCCUCGUGUCCGCCCUCGGCCCCCCUGACCCCGCUCACGCCUCCAUGUAUCCCCCCCUCGCUCUCGUCCUCCUCCCUCACCCCCAUCCUGCCCCCAGCCGAGAGCAGCCCCACCACGCUCUGCUCCUUCUUCCCCAGGAUGGGGGCCCUGCGCCUGGGCGUCUCGGCUGGCCUGCUCCCUGGCCUCCGGGGCUCCAGCAGGCCGGGCUCCGGGGAGGCCCAGGCGGCCGAGGGUGGAGGAGGGGGGGAGCCGGCGGUGGUGGUGUCGGAUCUCCCCCUGGCCCCCCUGGCUCCUCUCCCGGCGCUGCCCCUGCUAACGGCCCACUCUCCGCAGGACAUGAACCGGCUGGGUGGAGCGUCGCGUCGCGUGCGCGUGGAGGGUGGUCAGCUGGGGGGCGACGAAUGGACGCGCCACGGAUCCUUCGUCAACAAGCCGCAGCGUGGCUGGCUGCACGCCGACAACGUGGUCAGCUCCACCGGCGUCUCCUACACAGUCAGGUAUAUGGGCUGUGUGGAAGUGCUGCAGUCUAUGAGAGCUCUUGACUUUACCACCAGAACUCAGGUCACCAGGGAGGCAAUAUCUGUGGUGUGUGAAGCCGUACCAGGUGCCAAAGGAGCUCAGAGGAGGAGAAAGGUACAGCCCACCACGCGAUGUUUGUCCUCCAUCUUGGGCAAGAGCAACCUGCAGUUUGCAGGAAUGACAAUCAGCCUCACUGUCUCCACAAGCAGCCUCAACCUACUGGCAGCUGACUGCAAACAGAUUAUCGCCAACCAUCACAUGCAGUCAAUAUCCUUUGCUUCUGGAGGAGAUCCAGAUACAGCAGAAUAUGUAGCCUACGUAGCUAAAGACCCUGUCAACCAACGGGCGUGUCACAUCCUGGAGUGCUCAGAGGGUCUGGCUCAGGAGGUCAUCAGCACCAUUGGCCAGGCCUUCGAGCUGCGCUUCAAGCAGUACCUGAAGAACCCGCCCAAACUGGUCACGCCACAUGACCGGAUGGCUCCAUUUGACGGUUCAGCGUGGGAAGAGGAGGAUGAAGAGGUGGCUCCUGCCCCUGAGGUUCCAUACUAUAACAACUUCCCUGGGAAACAGCCGCCCCCUGGGGGCUUGGUGGACAUGCGCACCCGACCGGGACACAGCACAGGGGCAACGCUGCCCUACGGACAAAACGACAUACACAAGCAGCCGCUGCCUCCACUCCCAGUGGGAGUGAAAGAGGGGGGGCGUGACAUGUUUGAUGACCCCUCCUAUGUCAAUGUGGACAAGACCCGCCCCCCUGCAUCAGCAGCCAAUGGCAACGCUCACAGAGAUGCUUUUGAUAUGAAGCCGUUUGACGACGCGCUGGGCAUCUCUGGCAUGUCCGGCUCGGUGGCGCCCCCGCUGGCCGAGCAGCUGCAGAGCGAGCCCUGGUUCCAUGGCCCACUGAGCCGCAGGCAGGCCGAACGGCUGCUGACGCCACGAUGAGACUUCC